AAUUCUAUUCAAGCAGGGAAAACAACAGCACACAGAUUAAAAAUGAAGUAUUUGGCAACCUUUAUAAUCAAUAUGAUUAAUAAAUGAGAUUAAUAAUUGAUCCCAGGUAGCAGGUAUGAACAGAGAGACGUUAAUACAGUGCAGUAACUGUAAUGAGAGUGCAGUGUGCAGACAGACAGGUCUAACUGGAUCUGUACAUUAUAUACAAUCACAAACCUCCUAUGAUCACUUCUUCACCCAGCACUUAAUCCUCAACCGGCCCUGCAUCUUCUCCAGAACCUUCACCCAGCACUGGAACUGCACCUCCACCUGGAUUACAGACGAUGGAAAGCCAGACUUCCAGUCCCUGCUGCGGCUUUUCGGUGAGACCCCGGUGCCGGUGGCCGACUGUAACACCAAGGAGUACAACUCCAACCCCAAACAGGUCAUGUCCUUCCAAGAGUUCGUCCAGUACUGGAGGGAGAACAUACAAAAGAACUACUCCUCACCGAGAGGCUGCCUCUACCUGAAGGACUGGCACAUGACCAGGAUGUUUCCAGAGCUUGAUGCCUACACCACGCCCAUCUACUUCUCCUCUGAUUGGCUGAACGAGUACUGGGACUCGCUGGACGUGGACGAUUAUCGCUUCGUCUACAUGGGACCUAAAGGAUCCUGGACUCCGUUCCACGCUGACGUCUUCCGCUCCUACAGCUGGUCGGCGAACGUCUGCGGGCGUAAGAGAUGGCUGCUGUACCCGCCGGGACAGGAGGACUUCCUGAGAGACUCGAAGGGAAACCUGGCGUACGAUGUUACAGCUCCCGUCCUUCAGGACAAACUCCAUUACCCACGAUUCAGUGAGGCGUGCGCCCCUCUGGAGGUCAUCCAGGAGGCCGGUGAGAUCCUGUUUGUACCCAGUGGCUGGCACCAUCAAGUCUACAACCUGGAGGACACCAUCUCCAUCAAUCAUAACUGGAUGAACGGCUGUAACGUGGACGUGGUGUGGAGGUUCCUGCAGGAGGAGCUCGGCCUGAUGCAGAAGGAGAUCGAGGAGUGGAAGGAGACCAUGGACUCCUGGCACCAGCACUGUCAGUUGAUGAUGAAGUCGUGUACUGGAAUGGACUACGCCGAAUUCGCCUCGUUCCUCAGGACCAUCGCCCACAGUCGCAUCGCCUACCUGACCUCCGGAGACACGCCCUCCAAAACCCUGAGUGCUCUGGGUCCCCACCACGCCCGCUUCGACCUCCAGAGGGUGCGGGGUGUUUUAGAGAGGAUGCUGAGCGAUGAGGACUUCCAGAGGGUGGAGGAGUCGGGACUGGGGUUCAGCGUGGAAGAGUUGCUGCACCGGAUCACCGAGACCCUCGAUCGACCUGCACCGAGUGAAUGAAUUCUGGGUAACGAUCCUGUCCAAUAAAUACCUCAUUACCUCAGGUGGUCUGUUUUUGCUGCUAUA